AUGGGAGUGGAAGUAGAGGUUAUUAAACAGGGAGAUGGAGGUAUCUCGCCAUGCUCUAGCCAAACUGUGGUGGUACACUACACCGGGACGUUAGAAAACGGCAAAAAGUUUGAUUCCUCACGAGACAAGGGCAGACCUUUCAAGUUCAAGAUUGGAGCAGGCGAAGUGAUUAGAGGUUGGGAUGAAGGAGUAGCUCAGAUGUGCGUAGGUCAACGAGCAAAGCUCACUUGUUCUCCAGACUUUGGGUAUGGAGGCAGAGGGGUCCCUGGUGUUAUCCCUCCAAAUGCUGUCUUGAUAUUUGAUGUAGAGCUGCUUGGGCUGGAAUGAGUGGAAUAAAAAGAUCAAUCAACAUGAUUCAAAGCCAUUUUUUCCUCAUCAAAAUGUUAUUAGUAUAGAUGCUUAAAGUUUAAAUAUAUCUCUUAUUCUAGAUUACAUGUAGCUAAGUUAAGUGUUUUAAGGCAUACUAAUUCCAUUUGUAGACUUGUUUACUUCCUGGAUAUAGUAAAGUUCUGCUGUGGAGGUGAA